AGCGGCGGAGGGAGGGGACACGGCCUCAUUGCUGUGUGCGACCUGCGCUCUGUCCCUCACUCGCCGCCGACGGCCUGUCUCGUCGCUCUCUAGCUGUGCCGCUGCCCCAGAAAUGCUUCGAUUGCCCGCAGUCCUUCGCCAGAUUAGGCCAGUGUCCAGGGCACUGGCUCCUCAUCUCACUCGGGCUUAUGCCAAAGAUGUAAAAUUUGGUGCAGAUGCCCGAGCCUUAAUGCUUCAAGGUGUAGACCUUUUAGCUGAUGCUGUAGCCGUUACUAUGGGGCCAAAGGGAAGGACGGUGAUUAUUGAACAGAGUUGGGGAAGUCCCAAAGUGACAAAAGAUGGUGUGACUGUUGCAAAGUCCAUUGACUUAAAAGAUAAAUAUAAAAAUAUUGGUGCGAAACUCGUUCAAGAUGUUGCCAAUAACACAAACGAGGAGGCUGGGGAUGGCACCACUACUGCUACUGUACUGGCACGCUCCAUUGCCAAGGAAGGCUUUGAGAAGAUUAGCAAAGGUGCUAAUCCAGUGGAAAUCAGGAGAGGUGUGAUGUUAGCUGUUGAUGCUGUAAUUGCUGAACUUAAGAAGCAGUCUAAACCUGUGACAACCCCAGAAGAGAUCGCCCAGGUUGCUACGAUUUCUGCAAAUGGAGACAAAGAAAUCGGCAACAUCAUUUCUGACGCGAUGAAAAAGGUUGGAAGAAAGGGCGUUAUCACAGUAAAGGAUGGAAAAACACUGAAUGAUGAAUUAGAAAUUAUUGAAGGCAUGAAGUUUGAUAGAGGGUAUAUCUCUCCAUACUUUAUUAAUACAUCAAAAGGUCAGAAAUGUGAAUUCCAAGAUGCCUAUGUUCUGUUAAGUGAAAAGAAAAUUUCUAGUGUCCAGUCCAUUGUUCCUGCUCUUGAAAUUGCCAAUGCUCACCGUAAGCCCUUGGUCAUAAUUGCUGAAGAUGUUGAUGGAGAAGCUCUAAGUACACUCGUUUUGAAUAGGCUGAAAGUUGGUCUUCAGGUUGUAGCAGUCAAAGCUCCAGGUUUUGGUGACAAUAGAAAGAACCAGCUUAAAGACAUGGCUAUUGCUACUGGUGGUGCAGUAUUUGGAGAAGAAGGACUAACUCUAAAUCUUGAAGAUGUUCAGCCUCAUGACUUAGGAAAAGUUGGAGAGGUCAUUGUGACCAAAGAUGAUGCCAUGCUCUUGAAAGGAAAAGGUGAUAAGGCUCAAAUUGAAAAGCGUAUUCAAGAAAUCAUCGAGCAGUUAGAUAUUACAACUAGUGAAUAUGAAAAGGAAAAAUUGAAUGAACGUCUGGCAAAACUCUCAGAUGGUGUUGCUGUGCUAAAGAUUGGUGGGACAAGUGAUGUUGAAGUGAAUGAAAAGAAAGACAGAGUUACAGAUGCCCUUAAUGCUACACGAGCUGCUGUUGAAGAAGGCAUUGUUUUGGGAGGGGGCUGUGCCCUGCUUCGGUGCCUUCCAGCCUUGGAUUCAAUAACUCCAGCUAAUGAAGAUCAAAAAAUUGGUAUAGAAAUUAUUAAAAAAGCACUCAAAAUUCCUGCUAUGACCAUUGCUAAGAAUGCAGGUGUCGAAGGAUCAUUGAUAGUUGAGAAAAUUUUGCAAAGUUCUUCAGAAGUUGGUUAUGAUGCUAUGCUUGGAGAAUUUGUGAAUAUGGUGGAAAAAGGAAUCAUCGAUCCAACUAAGGUUGUAAGAACUGCAUUACUGGAUGCUGCUGGAGUGGCCUCUCUGUUAACUACAGCAGAAGUUGUAGUCACAGAAAUUCCUAAAGAAGAGAAGGAUCCUGGGAUGGGCGGAAUGGGUGGGAUGGGAGGUGGGAUGGGAGGUGGCAUGUUCUAAUUCCUAGAAUAGGGCUUUACCAUCAUUCAUGAGCUGUGAGAGGCAGUGUUCCUCACCAAUAACUUUGAGAGGUCAGUUGAAGGAGGUGACUGAAGAAGAGGCUGGCUGAGGUUUCAGAAAAUCACUAUAACCGUCAGUUACUGGUUUCAGUUGACAACAUAGAAUGGUUUACUGCUGUCAUUGUCCAUGCCUACAGAUAAUUUAUUUUGUAUUUUUGAAUAAAGACAUUUGUACAUUCCUGGUAAAUGAGUAUAAGAGCCAUGCACCAAUGUACUGCUUUCAACUUAAAUCACUGAGGCAUUUUUACUACUAUUCUGUUAAAAUCAGGAUUUUAGUGAUUGCCAUCAACAGAUGAGAAGUUAAGAAGCAGCCUUUCUGUGGAGAGUAAGAAUAAUUGUGUACAGAGUAGAGCAAUAUCCAAUUAUGUGACAACCUUUGUGUAAUAAAAAUUGUUUAAAGUUAAUUGUGUUAGCCUUUCCAUGAUCUAGAGGAUAUGAGGAAUGAAAGAAAGCCAAUUGAAGAGGGAGGGGUAAGGUAAGGUUUGACCCAAGUCUUAAAAUGUUAUUCUCCCUAUAGUUUCCUUAUGUUUCUCUGUUUAUCUUUGCUGCAGACUGGAUUAUAUUAUUACAUUGGUAAUGGGGGAAAUUUUGAAAGGUGACAACUCUGAAUGCUGUAUGUGUUGAGGUUUGGCCAUAAAGAAAAGGGCAGCUUGUUUCUUUUAAGGGUUAUGGUUACUGUUGCAGAGUCUCAGCAUCACAGAUAAGCAGUGGGUUCCCUGCUAGGUACCCACAAGUGAGGCGGGCCAGGGUUUACAGUAUGAGUGUACUUCAGUGGAAAGGAGAGUUGUGCCAUCCAAGCAUAAUGAAUAGCAGGGAGGGGCAUCCACAACGUGAUAAUGCACAGCCCAGCGUGAUCACCUUUAUAAGAACUUGAAAUGACUUUCGGUCUCAGUGCACUUGGUCUUUAUUAGAUAAAACAGUAUAGAAGUAUGGCUUUUAAAACAGCUGUGUGUGCAUGCGUGUGUGUGUGGGGGGGGGACAGAUACUGAUUUGCAAGAUAGAACAUUGCUUUCUAAUUUAAAGCACAAGAUCUUAUGCAACAAGAACAUUAAGGUUUUUUUACUUUAACCUGUGCCAAGAAUGUAAUCUUAUCUUGGAGCUGUAGAAUCGAUCUGCUCGGUGGUAAGGAACUCCAGUCUGUUGCUCAGUUUGGCCCUGGGGUUGCUGCUAAGAGGUCUGGUAUAAGGUAGGAACUGAGGCAAAUGUUUCUACUUCCCUUAUCUAGUAUGAAUAGUUUGGACAGGAAUAGAAGGAAAAAUAAAGUCCAUCACAGAUCAAAAGUCAAAAUCACUUGAAAUCCUGCACCUAGAAAUACCUUCGCUUUGUUAACUUGGCUGGGUUAGAAAAAAUGACGAGAUUAGAGGGCACUGACUGAACGAAUAAAAGGCAUUUUAAACAAAA